AUGUUCCACUCUUGGUCCAAUCCCAGCAUCAACAACAAAUCCUCCGACUAUACCCAAUAUCAGGGCUGUUCACGUUUCUCGGGUGAUGCAAGCAGGUCCGGCGGCCAAGGCAUCGGACAAGACCAAGCUUGUAUUCACUGCAAGAUCAUCCAAGGCGGACACUACAAGUUGCGAUUAAUGCCAAUUGCCCAAUCAAUGCAGGUUUCUUUUGUGCAUUGGGUACGAACCCUCCGUCUCCAAGCGACAGCUAAGACCCCUGGCCCUUGGCACUUGAAGUUCACAAGCCUAUUUGUCAAACAUCGUGAACUGUUCGGUCAGAAAAGAGAAUGGUUCGAUAACCUACAUCUUCGAUUUGGACCCGUCGUUCAAAUCGCGUGCAACGAGGUUUCGUUCGCAAGCUACAUAGCAGCAAAGCAAAUCUACGGCUCGGGAAGUAAGGACUUCUCAAAAACGGAGCUAUACUCUCUCGUUCAGCAAGACGGUCACAUCAACCUGUUCACAGCCCUCGACUCAGAUACCCAUAGGACUAUACGGCGCCAUCUCGAUGGCCGGUACUCCAACUCAUCGGUUCUCCGACCUCAGAUCAUCGAGAUGAUAGACGAGCGGGCAGGAGCCUUUGGGGCGGUGUGUGCGGUUCCAGAUACGGCAGACAUUUACUUUUACCUGCAUGCAUACGCUCUCGAUUGUGUGACUGGGAUGUUGUUUCAUCCUCACAGAACAGACUCACUUGUCGACGCUGGUGACCAGCAGAUGGUCAAGCUGCUAUCUUAUGCCGAAACCCGAGAAGAGUCAAGAAACUCUUUGGGAUGCGUUCUUAACACUAACAAGUCUAGCUCACGACUCUGGGAGGCCUUGUUCCCGAAGCUGGUCGACCUGGAACAAGGAAGCAACUUUUUGCGAAAGUUUGUGCAAGACUCGUUGGAAACCGGAGACCACUCCGACUUCACCUUGGCACGACAGCUUUCAGAAUCGAGCCAUGUAAGCAGGCCUCUGGCAGAAGCUGAAUGCCUCGACCACAUUGGCGCUGGGAUCGAAACUAUAGGUGAUACCUUGUGUUGGCUCAUUUGGGAACUCUCUCGGCCCAAACAUGAGGGAAGAGUCCAAAAACUUCACAACGAGCUUGUCGAAGCAGGGAAUGAUCGGCCUCUUCACGAACUGCCCUAUCUGAGCGCUGUUGUUCUUGAGGACUUGCGUUUAUUUGCCCCAGGAACGAUGUCGCUUCCACGUUACGCGUCAAAACAGAGCGCCUUUAUUGAUGGAUAUUUCAUCCCCAAGAAUUCGAUCGUGGCGUGUAACUCCUUUAGCAUGCAUCGCCUGGAUGAGAGUACGUUCCCGGACGCAUGCCAAUUCGUUCCUGAGAGAUGGUUGGAUUCAGAAGACAACACUGAUCAACAACGUUUAUUUCUUGCCUUUGGGCUUGGCCCACGGACUUGCAUUGGGCGGCAGUAA